AUUCGAAAUCGUAGCUGAAAGAGUCGACAGCACAAGCACAACCGCAGACCCUGGCAGCGCUUCGUCAUUCACUGAAGGAACAAAUGAAGGCGAAAUGGAUCAUGACCAGGAAGAUCAUGACGGGGAAGGCAAGGCUUCGGGAGAUGAUCAACAGCGAGCCGCGCCUCUUGGUAGUGCCUCCUUCGUACCUCCCAGAGGAGCAGCAGCAGCAGCAGCAGACACAGGAGCAAGAACAGCUUCCUCAUCCAAGAAUGAAAAUAAGACUGUUCUUGUUCUCAUGCGCAAGACGGGUGAGAGCAUUUUGAAAACUGCAUCGAAGAACCAGCCACACGACGAUCGGGUGUUAUCAGACGCAGGAAUCAAGCCUCUGGAUCUGACCUUUUUCCUGAAGUAUGCUUCUCUUCUCCGAGAAGACACUUCUACAAAAUGGUCAAUUGACCGCUCGCAUCCCAGUUGUCAUACUCCACGUCGCAACCCUGACGUAGAGGAGGGCAUGAGAGCGUUUCAGAGGUUGCUUAAAUGGGUGCAAGGCGUGCACAGGCAGAUUGGCGGACUGAUCGCGUACUCUCUGGGUUCGAAAGGCUCCUCCUCCAUGGAGGCACUGAUUGAAGAUCCUCAGGCAUCUGCCAAUACAACUUAUGAUCAUUAUACAUAUACUCGUAGAUUUUUCAUCAUGGUGUUCUUCCAGGUGGUUGUAAGGUCUGUAGUUUGUUUUCUUGCUUUAUAAUUUAGGCAUCUACAACUAAGUCUCAUUCUUACGUAAAGGUAGAGAAACAAAUAACGUUUGUUCUGCCUCUCUAUCGAAUCUUGGAGAAAGACCGAACUACUAACUCUAACGUGGGUACUUGGAAGCUAACACCAUGUCGCCGCUAUUUAAUAACGCCAUCUCUAAUAUACGAAUUCGAGAACGCGAGGAAAGCAUCGGAAACCAAUGACGUGGCCCCAAUUUCAGGCUACCAUCGCGGAAGCGAUGAAAGCAAACUGGCUGGAAGAUUGUGGCCUUAUGCCGUUGCUGGUCGAGGAGGAUAAUAAGAUGCUGGAACCUUCCUACGGCCGGUUGCACAAAGUUGUCCUAUCACGUAAAUAACGAAGUUGCUAUACAUCAGAAGGCAGAUCUAAGCGGGGGGGAUCAUAGAAGCUCGCACUAUGUCAGUGUCAUCAAAGAAGCCUCUAAAUUUCGUCCGAUGCAAGUGCAGGAACAACAAAGAUGGGCGAUCAUGUUGAGGAAGACGGUGACGGAAGUGAAAACCUCUUAGUGGUUCAGGCAGCUGGGCAAGCCGCUAAACUGCUGCAGAUGGAGAAACGGCAUCUGCGCAUGUUGAAGAAAGCCUUGUUUGACUCGAGUAUAUUGAAUGUGGAUGCGGCCGCUGGUCCUUCUUCUUCUUCGACGAGUCCUCGCGUGGAACAGAACAACAUGUUGAUGAUGCAAAAACCCCUCGGAGAUGCUAAAUCCGCCUUCGCUUAUUCUCUUUUACUGCAUAUUGAGAAAACCUGUGAAGCUUGGGCUCUGUCCGUUGACUAUUUGGAGGCGUUGCUGCGUUCUCGCUUGCGGGAUGCUAUCGGCAGACAUCUAGAAGCCAAGGACUUUUCGGAUUACAUGAAAUUUCAUCUGACAACAGGGAGACUUUUUCUUAAGGCUCAAGAUGAUGAUCAUUUCCUUUGCCAGCGGUCAUUUUUAAAAUCGGUUUCUUUCCUGGAUUUCAGAUUCCGAAGAAAUGAACCCAAGAAAUGAAGCUUGAUAUAUUUUAGAUUCACAUUAAAUCCGCUACUGUCUAAAAAAGAACUACGCAUUAUUUUUGGUCUAAUUCUCGCAACAAGGAGCACGAGCCGCGUGGUUUCAGCUACGUCCAGCGUCGCACUCCACGUCACUCACCAGAAGCUGCGUUGGAACUGAAGAUGAUGACCAGCGAUGGAAGCGUAGAUGCUGGUGGAAGGUCCUCGUUUGGGUUAUUCCAACCUGGAGGUCGAGGCGGAGCAGGAGGAUAUACUGGAAGUAGUAACAUCACUCCGGUCUAUACCAUGACAAGCAGCUUAGUUGCAUCAAACGCGAUCCGUACCGAGUCACGUCUUCAGAUGAAUCAAGAAGAGCUCACCUCGGAGAUGAGUUUCUUGGUCGGUGCCAGUACGGAAAUCAAGUUUUUUGGAGAUCGUUAUCUACAUUUUUGGCUUGUCCACGAUUUCGGAUGGAAUAGAGCUGGGGACAACCAGUCCUCUUCUAAAACAUCUAGAUCCGACGACCUUGUGCAUCACAGUUCCCCCCAGUACGCUUUGUCUAUUCGCGCCAGGCAGUUUUCGCACGUCAUUGUUCUUCUUGGGCGUAUCAAAUCCGCGACCGAGUUCGAGCCGACGCAUGCUGCCUUGUAUGGAUGACGGUUUUUCCAUCCUUACGACCAUCCUGGGACUCAUUUCAAAAAGGAAAAAUACUGCCAGGGUGGUCUGCGUAAGUAAAUGGAAAAAACAUAAACGACACUCAUACCCUGGCGCAAAACAAAGCGGAACUGGAGAUCCCUCUGAAACUGGCGAUGAUCCCCACUGCGACCGACUUUCGUGACGCAAUUGAGAGUCUGUCCGAGCAGCAACAAAACUUCGCGAAAGCUUUUCGACAAAUGCAAUUGCAGAGCACGCUAUUCGGUGUGCUCACGAUCCAAGUCAAGCCACAACUGGAGCAGUGUCUGAAUUUAAGACUCGACUGUCAGUACCAGUGUCAGCUUAUCACUUCUACUUACAUCUAUCAGUAUCAGCUUAUGCAGUAGGGCGGUAUGAAUAUCUUGAAGUAGAUGGAUGGCCUGUCAGGAGUAUCAGUGCAGGCAUAUUUGGCUCGAUGUUGAUUACGUGGAUCAUCAGAACUAGUAGACCUACAUCUUGUUCUACUUCUAGGAUUAUCAUUACCAGCCGGUCGUGAGCUGCUGCAGCUGCGGUCGUACAUAUUGAACUUCCAGAAUCUCGUCUCAUCUCUUCUAAGUCCCACUAUCGCUACUAUCUUUGAUGCUGAGCGAGUUGCUCACUGAAUUUAGAUUGUAAUCACAUUGAUAAUGAUACUCAACAUAUGUAAGCUUCUCAUCCCACCACCACUCACCGUCAGUCUUGGUCUUAACCAAGAACGCCAGUAACGGAAAACCGUUCUUGUUUCGUGUCGGCUUCAGUGAGGACAAGAGAUUACGCAUAGAAACUCACAUCUCUAACGACCCUCCCAGCGGACAGCCUGACCAAAGAGAUCCGACUGACGCAGAGCUUGAUGCAGCUUUUUGUGAAGUACCAUAUUAUGUUCAGCUUUGGAUAAUAUCCAUCCUUCUCAGCAUUUUGGUGCAGCCCUUUUCCUUUGUAUUUGUUCCUGGGAAACAAGGAGGCCGGCGAAAUGAUGAGGGGACCGAGAUGAAUCAAGAAAACCGAGUCUAAGGAUAUCCCAACCGACUUGCUGACUUCAUCUGGACAAAAAUUGGAAGACUCGGCAGAGGAUGAGGAAGAGGACAGCCAUGGCGUGCUUCUUGUUGAAGAUGAUGAGACUGGAGCAGGAGACCUUCGUAAGCGAAGAGACGACUGCUCGAAGUCCUCUGCUCUUGGACGUGACCGAAAGCUGAUAGCAGAAGUAAAAAAGAAUGUCCAGAAUGUGCUGGAUGUUAUCAAGAAAGGCCAAUUAGACGAAGUAGAGGAGGAGGAGCUGAGGCAACGACCGCAGUCAACAUUCUCAUUCGGCGGGUCCAACCUGGCGAGAGUUAAGUCUUUUAUUCAAGUAUGUAAAGGGAACAUUGCCGGCGAGUAGAUUCGCAUCAUCAUGCAAAAGGGACACUGCAUCUUAGUAGUUCUAGUUUUAUUAAAAAGAAGAGCAAUAACAACGCGUAAACUAUUUCUACGUGAUAAAGAUACAAGGUCGCUGAAUGGCCUCAAUACCGUUAAACGGGAAACAAAAACACCAAGGCCCUCCCUCUAAAAGUAGUACUACAGCACAGCCAGGUCGUGGAGCGCACUCCGAUGAAAGUGAUGACAGUAUGCUUACUGGUUGCGGACCUGGAUCUGGAUGUGGUGGCGGACAACUUUUUUCUGCAACUACUAGAUUAGCAUCAACUCGGGCCCCUAAAACUCGAAAGCGUGGAGGUGGUGGCGGGCAACUUUUGUCUGCAACUACUGGAUUAACAUCAACUGCAGCAGCAGAGGCUACCAGUACCACUGGAAGUCGUUCUAGAAGUCCUCGCGCUUGGAAAUCAGUUGCAGCUGCUCCAGCAGAGCCGUCUGCUGUGGUUGCGGUCAGCACUGCUCCGGAUGCGUCAGCUGUGAUCUCCACUACGAAUGCUGUAGCUCAAACUACAGCAGCCGCUAGUGGUGUACUCGGUUCUAGUGAGACGCAGAAACUAGUACAAGACCAGACGACGGAGCAGAUGAAAAAACGGUUUGAGCAGCUCGAUCUUGAAAGUGAGGGCUUAGCAUCUACUUCAGCGCAACAGCAAGCCUCGAAAUCUUCAGGCAUCGCAAGUUCUUCUAGCACAACAGCAAAGAAGGAGGAACAAGAAAUAUUGGCCAGUCUCCAGAUCCAGAAGAAUAAGCAGCGAGUGCAUUCGGACUACACGCUGUUGCCAAGCCAGUUGGAGAAGAAUUUAGAUGCUGUUCUUGCAGGAGGUGGAUCAGGUUCAGGAUCUAAGAAAGGUUCACUACGUGAACAACUAGGAGGUGUUGUGCGUCCUACGAUCAUUUCAGCGGGAAAUAAGUGGCGCAAGACCGCUCCGAAGAGCUUUUUCCUGAAUCAGACGCCUCAGACGGACACUUUAGAAGAAGGCACCAAAGGAAUGGAGGACGAAAAAGCGCGCGCGUUCGAUCUAUUAGACGCUUUGACGAAGAGUGGCGCGCUUCCCAUUACCAACUGCGAACUGCAUGUCAUUGUCGCUGCAACGCACUGCUUCGACAAAAGUCGCGUUGAUACGCUGAUCCAGGACAACAUUAACCCGAUAGAAAAAGUGGAGGCUUCAACGCUGGCGAUGGCAGAAGUACUGCAUAACAUGAAGGCUGCGGAUUUGAGAGUCAGCACGUGAGUCUUCUAAGUUAUUGAGCUGCAGGCGCUCCGCGUCAUAUCAGACGGCUCUAAAGAAGGCUAAUUUGCUUCCCUUCUGGAGGAGACGGACAUAUUGAAACAACAUCGAAGGACUUUUGGAAGACAUGUUGGAGAAGUGAAGUGGAGACAUGUUGGAGAACGAGAAAGGAGUAUAGUUGACUACAACCCUCCUACAUGUCGAUGUCUACCAGGAUCUUUGUGGAGUUUUCGGAGAACAGGCAUCUAUGCGAGAUAACGAAUUUUGAAGAAAGACCAUGGCUCUAUAUCUUUUUCCAAAUCUUCUAAAAUCAUUCUCAGGCGAAGACUCGUUUUGUCAAGCAUUGCCAUUCGCUUCCCACAGCUUGCUGCUCUGUUCUACACAGCUUGCGCAUCGAUCACGUAUGCAGAUGAAUACAAAAAGGGCCGCCCGGGCUGACUAGAACAUGAAAAGCCUACACCUAGUUAGACCAUGGGUGGAUGGUGCCUGCGUGGUC